AUGAGGCCGGAUAGGCAGCAAAUCAGACUGUGGGCGCGGUCCCCAAGUUUUCGCCAAACCUAUGUUUUCCUUGAACCCAAAUUCCACGAAAUUAGCGAAAUACAGUCGUUUGCAAACAAAUUUGGUUUGAAAACACUACAAUCGAGAGAUUCAGUUGGGUUCCAGACUGUUUUCGAGAAAUACACUCAUUUGCGAAUCGAUUUGGUUUUUAUCCGUGUUUCUAAUGUCUGGAAAUACGCUCAUUUUCAAAUCAAUUUGGUUUUCAUGAGAGGCUCAACUGAAUCUCUCGUUUAUGAUACUCUAUAA